AUGAAAAUAUUUCCGAUACUCAGCACGCUCGCGGUUUUAAUCGCCGGUCAGGAUACGAAAACUGUGGUGUUCCCACCUACUUCCGGAAAUGGCUCGUCUUUGGGGAUGGAAAGUAAAAUCGAGCCGAUGCUUCAAUCGGAUAUGACGCGAGCAAUCCUUGCGACCCUCGCACCUCCACCGCCGUCGCCGCAGCCGAUGUUGCCCUCGGAUUACUUUUUCCCCGUGCCUCAACGAACGUUUCUGCAUCAUAGAAGCGAAAACAUACCGUAUGGAUAUGAGUAUCCCAAUGUUGCAUAUCCAGUAGCACAGUCAAUAGAGCACUCCGUUGGACCGUCAUCGAAACAGCUUGUAAUAGUCAGUUUCAUCGGUCUUUUGCUGCUUUUGGCGAUUAUACAGAAUACGCUUAGCGCUGUUAAGCGGAAGGAUGCGAUAAUGGAUCUAUUAUCGUCCAGGCAAAAGCGGGACGUUUACGUUACGCAUGAUUUUCGUUCCGUGACCCCAGAGGAGGAAGAGAUUCUUAAUAGUGAUGCCAGAGUACGCUGCAUACAGAGGACGAUUUGUCUUGAAAAUCGCAAGCUCUUUAGAGAUUUGGGCACACCGGGUAAAAUGCUGGCAAAGUACUUGACGAAAAACAUAGAAAAAUCGUUCAAGUUAUCCUCAGGUUGGGAUCGCCUUGUGAGAGAUGCAGGUGCAGCGGGAAUUCGAGGUGAAAACUGUGAUGUACUUUAUAGAGAUUGCGAAAUUCCCGUAACGAAGAAGAGACGUAAAAACACAAACAUAAUAAAUAACAAUUUUAAUUCAACUUAUUAA